AUGACAAAUCCCACGAUGGCUGUAAACCCUUUAUUGACAGCUUCUGGGCAGCAGAGGAUCCCACUGGUUCCCUCACCAUUUGGACCUCCAAUUGUGGACAGAGAUAUAUUGCCUUCCACUAUAGCACCACCUGACCUGAGACAGUUUUGUGUUCCUUCCCAAUUCAGAUCCUCUGUUCUUCCAAACACAAAUAUGCCAAGUAUGUUGUCUAAUCAUCUCUACUCAGGUUGGGGCAUUUUACCAUCUGAAUCUGUAAAGGCAGUAACCAGAAGGAAUGAAAUGACCCAAAGGCGUCAUACUGCCAGGACAGAAAUGGAAAUGUAUGCUAUUUACCAGCAAAGGAGAAUGGAAAAAGUUAGUCCCAAGGGGCUAGCAGGCCUAGGUGUACCAUUGCUGUAUGGUUCUGGUAUCCCAGCUGGCCUGGCUGCCUAUCACAGCCGGAGUGUGCACCCUGCCAGCGACCUGCAUUUUCACAGAAGCACCUUCAGAAACCUUCAGGAAAACCCCAUGCUGGUGGCAACCGGCCCACACUUUGUAGACAGCUGGGGACAGAAAUGCCGUCGACUCAGAAGAGGCACGGAGAAUCAGAAAGUUCUAGACAGUGAUACUCAGAGUUCCACAACUCAAGCAGAGGAAAAAAUCCUAGGCCAGAUUCCUGCAAGUCCGUAUGAAGAGACUGAGUAUGCAAAAGAUCCAGAAACUGCAGUGCAUGAUAAUCGGAAGUCAAAUGAAAUCCAAGAAAAGCCACCGAGUGCUCUCUCCAGUACCUGUGAGGAGCUUGAGCCCGCUAACAGGAAUCCCUGGGGGUCGCAGGCGGCUCCUCUGGAAGCAAAGGCCUGGGAUGGUGGGAAAGAGAAGACUCCAGAGCAGAUCUUUGCAGUCUGUGGGGCAAGGAAUGGGGUUUGUCCUGCAGUUCCUCCAGCGGCUCUGCCAGGAACCCAGGCACUUGCUACAAUCAGAGAACAUCUGUGCUUGGAUGCAGAUAUCCAGAAAUGGACAGUGGACGAUGUGCACAGCUUCAUCAGCAGCCUUCCCGGCUGCUCACACUAUGCGCAGGUAUUUAAAGACCAUGCGAUUGAUGGAGAGACUUUGCCACUACUCACAGAGGAGCAUCUUCGAGGCACCAUGGGACUAAAGCUAGGACCAGCAUUAAAAAUUCAAUCGCAGGUAUCUCAGCAUAUGGGAAGUCUGUUCUACAAGAAAAGCCUUUCAUUUCCUACCCAUGCAAGACAAGCACUCGAUCACCCAGCAGAUUCGUCUCCUCUUUUGGAUUUUAAUUCCUGGAGUGAAAGGUUGAACAUUCCUUGUCCCCAAGAGAUAUCAGUUCCUAAGGGAAUGGAGCAAGAUAACAGGAGAAAUUAA